AUGCCUGACAAGAUUCUCGACGACAUUUCCCAUCGCCGGUAUAACCCGCUCAAGGGUACCUGGUUGCUGGUUUCUCCUCACAGAACCAAGCGACCCUGGCAAGGUCAGAAGGAGGCGCCGUCCGUAACGGAACUCCCUCCCUACGACCCCAAGGCAAGUCCAGGAAAGAUGGAAAAUUGCUACCUCUGCCCGCGAAACCCCCGAGCUGCGGGAGACUCGAACCCUGACUACAAGAACACCUUCGUCUUUGUCAACGACUACAGCGCCGUCAAGGAGGACCAAGCCGAGUACAAGCCGGAAGAUGGAAGCGAUGACCUCGCUUCCUCCCUCCUGAGAGCCGAAGCGGCCACCGGCAAAUGCUAUGUCCUUACCUUUUCCGAGAAGCACGACGUCACCCUCGCCGACAUGACCAGCCAGGAGAUUGCCCCCGUCAUCGACGUCUGGACGAAAAUCUAUGCCUCUCACCUGUCUCCCUCUAACCCUCUCUCGAAGGUCGCCGCCUCUCUUACUCUCCCUGGCGUGACACCCGAUAGCACUAUCGAGACGCCCAAGCACCAGCUGCGCUACAUGCAAAUCUUUGAGAACAAGGGCGCGGCCAUGGGCUGCUCCAACCCGCACCCCCACGGUCAGAUCUGGACAACCUCCACGAUGCCCGAGGAACCCGGCACCGAGCUUGUGCAGAUGGCCAAGUACCGCAACCAGCACGCCGGCCGUCACCUGCUCGCCGACUAUGUCAAGGUUGAGAUGGAGAAGAAGGAGCGCACAGUGUUUGAGAAUGACGGCUUCAUUGUCGUAUGUCCUUGGUGGGGUGUCUGGCCCUUCGAGGUACUGAUUCUGCCCAAGAGGCAUGUUCGUGCCUUGGUGGACCUCAGCGCGGAUGAGAGACUGCAGUUUGCCGAAGCGAUUCAGGAGGUCGCCAGGAGAUACGACAACCUCUUUGAGACACACUUCCCUUACAGUUCCGGUAUCCACCAAGCGCCUCUGGAUGCUACUGAGGAGGAGGCUGAGAACAGCUACCUUCACAUGCACUUCUACCCCCCUCUCCUCCGCUCUGCCACCGUUCGUAAGUUCCUCGUCGGUUAUGAGCUCAUGGCCGAGCCUCAACGUGACAUUACUCCCGAGCAGGCGGCAGCCAAGCUCAGAGCCAUGGGCGGCGAGCUCUACCGCAAAUCGAUUUAG